AGUCUCAUGGUAUCACGGUACCCUGUUCAGAACUCAGUGGCAAGUAUGGCUCAAUUUUGGAGGCUACGGAACUUUCUCUAUGGAUUUAUCCUUUGGUUGUGUAUUUACUAUGCCUCUUUUGCGAGUGGUAGGCUAAUAAGAAAAGCAGAAGCCCGAACAAAUGUUUCGUCUUCAAACUUGACCUUGCAAGAAUUGGACCGAGAAAUGGACGUGUUGGAACAAUGCAAAAGUUUGAAAUGCUCGUUCACCAUCGAUGAAAAAUAUUGCAAGAAAUUCAAGGAGUACGUAUACAAAGAAAAAGCACUGGCUAUUUUCAUUUUCACAGACAUUGGAAAUUCGACAAGUGACGAAGAAACCACAGGGAAGGCCUUAGACGAGAGUGAAGUCUCAAGAGUGGUGAACAAAUCAUCUCAUGACAUUCACGUGAAGCAAAAGUGGGCAUGGCUGAGAGACGCGCAUGGAAAGUUUCUCGCAACAUUACCUUACGACUUCGAUAUUCUCUCCCUCUCCACGUUAAAAAAGGAUGCGUUUAGUAUAACUUCUUUUAAACUUACCACGAGGCCUGAGAACUGCUAUGCAAACAUGUCUGAAACUUGUCUACUAAGUUUUCUUGCGAAAACCAUCUAUGAUUGUCUUGGAAACAGUUCUGGCAGUCUCUGUAAGAGAAUGGAACAAUAUCGACAAUAUAACUGUUGUGAAAAAAUAGACAAUGUAUAUAUGUGUGAUAAACCCCUGGUGGACAAUCAGUGGAUUGAAAUUGCCAUCAGAUUUCUCUGGGCUUGCUCAAUUGGAUUUGGCCUGUUUGCUCCUCUUUUGUUAAAAUACUUUCCCAAAGAGUUUAAAAAAGGUCGUAGAAUAAGGCCGCAGAGGUCACUGUUCAGAAGAAGUGAAUCUGAUAAAAUGGAAGCUGAAACCUUAUCAGUGGAUGCAUUAGCAUUGGGUAAACGGCCAUUGAUGUUCACUCUAGAUGACGGAAUGUUAGAUGUGCUUCGCACUGAAACAGAGUCUGUGCUUUUCUCCAGAUUGAGUCGUUGUCUCUUUGUUAUCUUGCUGAGUUCUUUGCCUUUACUGCAAGGUUUCAUAUACGCAUAUUUAAAGGAGGGGGAUGUGGGAGUUGCAACUGAACCACUGCUUGGGGUUGGAGAUGCAUUCAUCACUUUGAUGGAACCAGGUGGAAAAAUUGCACUGAGUACUGCAUAUGGGUUUUGCAUUCUGGUAACCUGCAUUGCAGUUGCAAUCCCUAGAACUUUGUCUGAUUGUGCAAGGCGGCUCUCUGGAAGGAGAGAUGAACGCACAUUCCUUGGUUUUAAGAAACCUGAUGAGAUUAUUAGUAACUCAGACAAGAGAGGGUUCCAGCUGAUGUACGAGAACAUGGUCUUUCAUCUAUACUGUCUACUUAAAUUACAAUUUUGGAAGUUUAUACUCCUGGUGAUGAUCUAUCCUCUACUAAAACUCUGUAACGUUGCUGCCUUUGAUGAAGACCAGGCAGAGUCAAAUGAAAGUGUGGAACAAUUGGACGAGGAAGAAAAAUGUCAACUAUGCUCAAAAAUUUGUAAGAUAGUGCUAACAUUGUUAAUGUUUCCCUUUUGGGCCAUCACAAUUGCCACAGCGUUCCUUCUGUAUAUUUUCCCAGUUACUUAUGUUGGUUUUCGCAUCUGGAAAAUGCUGUUCAGAUUUGAAAUAGAAUCGCCAUGCUGUCAGUCCAUCCCCGCGUUCGUGAGGAUAACAACUUUUCCAGUGUUAUACAUCCUGUUUAUUGUGUUCUGCAUGUGUGUGGAAGCCUCUUAUUACAUGUUAGCAGUUGUCCUGACAUUCAACAUCAUGUUUCUGGGAAGUGUUGUUGGAUUUACAAUAAUUGGGCUUCUGUUUUACAUUGAGUAUUUCUUCCCUUACAUUGUUCUCAGUUUGUGGGUUAUUUUAUACAUUCUUAGAGGAACAAACAAAUAUUAUGCUCAGUUUACCAACUUAAAGACCAUUGUCUUUGAAGAGUGCGAAAAAUUUGACGAAGAGACCAGGAAGGAAACCAGCAUCCGUGAAACUUUUAGUGGUCCGCCCCCAGAUAGAAGAUCUCCAUCACUUUCUUCCCUUCCAGCGAGCAAGUCAACUUCAGCAAUCUUCCUUAUCACAGUGGAUGAUUAUGGAGUUCCCAGCAUCCCACUAGAGAUCUUUCUUGCAUCCUCUAAAAAACUAAUGCCUUUCAAGCGUAUUAUACUGGCAAAGCUUUUAAAGGUGAUUGCACUGGGAAGUUACCUUGUAGUGAUAUUCUUGUUUGUUAUGUCAUUAAUGGAAUUUAAAACUGUGAAUCCCAUAGUGCAAGGACUAGCACUGUUAUUUCUUGGUGGACUACCCCUGUUGGUUCAGCAAAGCCCACAUCAUAAAAUAGAGGCUGAAGAAAUUAGAGCAAGGUUUUAUGUCAAGGAUUUCAUCAAACAGUACACAAAGAGGGCUUUGUAAGUUUUUCUUAGUUACUUUGCAGUAGAAAAGUUUUUAACUGCUUCAAUACAAAGAUUUAAAUAUCAAUUGUCUGUUCUGUUUACUAAAAUUUUAGUAUUAAUUUGUUGAUUCUGAGAAUUGCCUGGGAAAUUGUAAAUUCUCACUUAAAUGAUAUUUUUCUUUCCUCUCAUUACCUUUCUACUUGAAAAUGUCAUAGUACUGUUAUGAGAAGUUCCAUUUUGGUCACUCUAGAUGGGUGAAAGGGUUAAAUAAGUCAAAAGUAAUGUGAUACUUCAUUGCAUUGCCCUGUGAUUUUUCCAGGAAACUCAGAGAUUAACAGAGAUAAAACAAUUGUGACUUGCAUGGCCACUCCCAUUUUUGUGUUCUCCAUGCAGUUUUCUUGUGUUUACUUUGAGUUUUCAUUGGCCUCCUGUCAUAUUCUUUUUUAGGACACUCAUUCAAGGGCGUAGCCAGGGGGGGUCCUGGGGUGCCCGUGAUCCCCCCUCCGUAGGCCUUCUUUAGAGCAAACAACC